UCGUUCUCUCUCUCUGAUUUUUCUCUCCUUUUCUUCUUCUUCUUCUCUCCUUGGCUGAGUCAUUGUCGUCGUCGCCGUUUGAUGGGGCAGUCUCUGGGCCUCACGCCCUUCUCGUAGCUGCAGCAGCAGCAAGCAACAUCAGCCGUUAAUAUGUUUUCCAGACGAUGAUCAUCGCUGGAGAUUCAAGAAGAGCAUGACUGAUUUGGUGGCCCGGACGGGUCGACAUCAGCAACGCUACGAGGCCGGUUGUCGCCUUGUCGCGGGGUGUAUUCCAUUUAAAUACAUAGAUUCUGAUGAAAAUUGUGGUUCUAAACCAGAGAAGGUUAUCGAGGUUCUCAUGAUAAACUCACAAAGUGGGCCAGGACUUUUGUUUCCGAAGGGUGGUUGGGAAAAUGAUGAAACUGUUGAAGAAGCAGCAGUUCGUGAAGCUUUAGAAGAAGCUGGAGUUAGAGGGGAGAUCAUGUUUACCUUGAAUAUGCUAAAACUAGAUGGAAGAAAAAGAGUACAUACAACUACCAAAUCAUCACAUAUAUUCAGCUGGAGCAUUGUGAACUUAAAAGGGAGUUCAUUAUGUUCACUCUUAUAUUCUCAUCGCUGUUAUAUUUCUAGGAAGGGUUCUUGGGGUACUAUGACUUCAAGAGCAAAACACACCAAGACGAGUUCUGCCCAGAAGGAUUUUGUAAAGCUGCCAUGUUUGCUUUGUUCGUCAAGGAGGAACUUCCUUCAUGGCCGGAGCAGAGCACUCGCCGAAGGAGAUGGCUAACCAUCCCCGAAUCGGUGGACAAGUGCCGGGAUCCUUGGAUGCAAGAGGCCCUCGUUGAAGGAUUUUCCAAGUGGUAUGAAGAAACAAUGAUAGCGAACAGUCCGUAGGUAGGUCCGGAUUCCUCUCCCAAUGGUUGGGAAUUUUUUUUCCCCUGUUCAGUAACUACAAGAAAACCAUAGUGAUGGAUAGAUGCUCUUCCGAUGAUUGAUCCUUUUAUCAAUCCUGAUUUUGUUUCCUUUUUUCCUUUUGACACCAGCUUCCUUAUUUAUUUUGUGGAGAAAAGAAUGUUUAAUGAUGUGCUUGCUUGUCCAAGCCUUUUAAAUACACGUGAUUGGCUGUGAUCCCUUUUUUCUUGUGUGUAUGUAUGUUCAACCAAAUAUAAGCUAAGGUUGAAGUGGUUGACUUUCA